CAGCUACUUCCCGCAGGCAAGCAGAGCUGCCUGAAGCCAGCAGCAGAGCCUGCUCCACAAAGCUGCCUCUGCAGCCUCCUGGUGGCUCACAGCCCCAUCCAUAGGCUCUCCUGGACAGGUGCUCCCCAGAGAAAUCCAGACACUAGCUGGCCCUCAUGUCAGUCAUACCCAGCUCCAGGCCGGUCUCCACCUUGGCACCUGACAAUGAUUUUAGAGAGAUCCACAACUGGACAGAGCUGCUCCAUCUCUUCAACCAAACCUUUUCUGAUUGCCACAUGGAACUCAAUGAGAACACCAAACAAGUGGUCCUCUUUGUCUUCUACCUGGCCAUCUUUGUGGUAGGGUUAGUGGAGAACGUCCUGGUGAUAUGUGUCAACUGCCGCCGCUCAGGCCGGGUAGGGAUGCUGAACUUAUACAUCCUCAACAUGGCCGUCGCGGACCUGGGCAUCAUCCUGUCUCUGCCUGUUUGGAUGCUGGAGGUCAUGCUGGAGUACACCUGGCUCUGGGGCAGCUUCUCCUGUCGCUUCAUUCAUUAUUUCUACCUUGCCAACAUGUACAGUAGCAUCUUCUUCCUCACCUGCCUCAGCAUUGACCGCUACGUCACCCUCACCAAUACCUCUCCCUCCUGGCAGCGCCACCAGCACCGAAUACGGAGGGCCGUGUGCGCAGGCGUCUGGGUCCUCUCCGCCAUCAUCCCACUGCCUGAGGUGGUACAUAUCCAGCUGCUGGAUGGCUCCGAGCCCAUGUGCCUCUUCCUAGCACCUUUUGAAACGUAUAGCGCCUGGGCCCUGGCAGUGGCCCUGUCGGCUACCAUCCUGGGCUUCCUACUGCCUUUUCCUCUCAUCGCAGUGUUUAAUAUCCUGUCAGCCUGCCGGCUUCGGAGGCAAGGGCAGACAGAGAGCAGGCGCCACUGCCUGUUGAUGUGGGCUUACAUAGUUGUCUUUGUCAUCUGCUGGCUGCCCUACCACGUGACUAUGCUGCUGCUCACUCUGCACACAACCCACAUCUUCCUCCACUGCAACCUGGUUAACUUCCUCUACUUCUUCUACGAAAUCAUUGACUGCUUCUCCAUGCUACACUGUGUCGCCAACCCCAUCCUCUACAACUUUCUCAGCCCGAGCUUCCGGGGCCGACUGCUGAGCCUUGUGGUCCGUUACCUUCCCAAGGAGCAGGCCAGGGCAGCAGGCGGUCGAGCCUCCUCUUCAUCUUCCACCCAGCACUCCAUCAUCAUUACCAAAGAGGGCAGCCUGCCGGCUGCAGCGGAUCUCCACACCCAUGCCAUCAGAAACGUGCAGGCGUCCUCUCUGCCUCCGAACACCUCACCUACACUCUGCAAUUCCAUAGCCAGCUAAGCUCACUAUGCAAGUUGUGCGGACAAGAGGCCAGAGGCCAAGGACCCAGGAGGCUCCGGCAGGACGUUCCGUAGCUGUGCCUCAUCCCUGGCCCUGAGUUCGAUAAAUCAAGGGGGUGGGGACUACAGCCAGCUGGGUCUUGGGCAGGCACCCAGCAGCUGGCUCAGCAGGAUGGCUCCUCCACCCAGUCAUCCAGGAAAUGUGGCUCCAUUUCCCUGUGGCAUCCUCCCCUCCCCCAACUUAUCCUGCCCCCUCCUCCCCUAAAGCAGAGGCCUCCUCACAAAUGACCUCCCUCUCCAAGGGAGAUACAGCCACUAGUGAUUCCACGCCCAUCUUAUUUCUCCAGAUCUUGGCAAAUGUCAGGAACAGCCAUUCUUCAGAGGACACCUGGGGAGCUGCUGUAGGUACUCCUCCUCCCAUGCAGGGAGAGGGGAGGCCAAAGACUGAUUUCCGGAACACUACAGUUGAGUUCUCUCUAGUCGAGUCUUUCCCGAGUCCCCCUACCCAACAAACUGUCUAUUAAAACUAUGGAAAAAAAAAAAAAA